AUGAGAGCGGGCCCUCGCGCCAUUGUCGCCGUCGAGGAAGAGGACGCCGCCGACGAGGAGCCGCAGCCGCCUAGAAGACCGCCUCGCACGUCCAAUCAGAAGCGCCCGCCGCCGCGCGUCGCAGCCAAUCCGAGCCAGCAGCCCGCCAAGCAGCAAGCAGCGCCUACCGUGCCGACGCCCUGCUGCUCCUUCCAGACCAGCCUCGGCCCCCCGGAGUACCGCAAGUGGCGGCGCCUGCACGGCCUGCAGCUGCCGCUACACCCGCAGCAGGUGGCGGGGUGGGUGACGCUGGCCGCCUUCACGGCCGCCACGUUCCUGGUGCUGGUGCCCGCCCUGGGCCCCGAGCUGCGGCCCUCCGUCAUGCCCGUGCUGGCCUGCCUGUUCGCGGUGCACGCGGGCUCGCACCUGGCCGCCGUGCUGCUGGACCCGGCCGACGCGCCGCUGCGCCGCCUUCGCGUGCGCACGGCCGUGCCCGAGUUCGACCGCACCAAGCACGCCCACGUCAUCGAGCACGGCCGCUGCCACCUGUGCAACAUCGCGACCACCGGGCCGCGCACCAAGCACUGCAGCGUGUGCAACAAGUGCGUGGGCCGCUUCGACCACCACUGCAAGUGGCUCAACCACUGCGUCGGCGGCCGCAACUACGCCGCCUUCCUGGUGUGCGUCGUGUCGGCCGUGCUCACCGCCCUGGUGGUGGUGGGCGUGGCCGUGGCCGAGCUGGUGCUGUACCACGUGAACCCGCACUGGCUGUCGCCGUGGACGUACGUGCCGUACAACCGCACGGUGGGCAGCGUGCCGUCCGACGCGCACUUCCCCUUCCAGGACACGGCCUUCUUGUGCGUGGUGAGCGCGCUGGGCGUGCUGGCCGCCGUGUCCGCGGGGCUUCUGCUGCACCUGUGCCUGUUCCACGUGUACAUCUCGCUGCUGGGCAUCACCACGUACGAGUACAUCCGCCGCUACCGCUCGCUGGCGGCCGCCGCCGCCGCCGCCGUCAAGGCCCCCAAGACCGUCAGCAAGCAGGGUGGCUCGGUGCGCGGCAGCAGGUCGGCGUCGGAGCUGAGUUUCCGCACCGGUGGCUACCAGCAGCCCGAGGUGACGGAGUACACGGGGUGCGAGUGCAACCCGGGCCGCAUCCCCGUGGGCCCACCGCCGCCGCGCCACCGACCACCCCCUCGGCAGCCACCCCGGCAGCGCGCCGCGGCCGCCCAGUCGUCGUCCUUCCUCAGCAGGCUGUGCGCGUCCUUCUCGGCGCCGGGGCCUCGCGCUGGCGGCGCGGCCUACCCGCCGGGCGUGGGGGUGCGCCGCAACCAGGUGCGCCCCACGGCGGAGUCCCCGCAGGCGCGCCUCAUGGGCAGUCGCCCCGGCAGUCGCCCCGGCAGCGCGGGCUCGACGGGCAAGUCCUCGCGCCACAACAGCGGCAAGCGGCACUCCGACGACCGUCCGCGACGCCCGUCCUCGGGCGACUCCAACAAGUACUCGCCGCUGCCCGCGCUGCCUGUACCAUCGCGGCGCCGCCUGCAGGGCGUGUCCCUCAAGGAGCUGGGCGACGUGCUGGCCUACGCGCAGGACCCCAAGCAGCAGCCCCAGCCCGCGCAGCCGCCACAGCCGCAGCCGCGACGCCCCACGCCGCAGCCCGCGCGCCCCAAGUCGCCCACACUGUCGCCCAUCCACGAGAGCGGGCUGUCCAACCCCUCGACGCCGCAGCGGCCGCGCACCGCCCGCCAGACGCCGGACUCGGACAGCCCGCCCGGCGCCGGGCACGAGGCCAUCCCCAGCAGCGACCCGGAGGACCCGGACGACGACGAGUACGCGCACAGCAUCAUGUACAUCGACGAGGACGAGGGCACCUACUUCACGGCCUCCAUGUCGUCCAUGUCGUCCGCCAUGACGCCGCUCACGCCACUCACCCCGCUCACCCCCAUGUCGACGGGGUUCUCGGCGGCGUCCUGGGCCGCGAGCAAGGAGGCCAGGGCGCCGGCGUCCGCCUUAUGA